ACCAGAACUCGCGCCCCGCCGUCCAUGUCGCAAAAACAGCCCCGCGUGCCCAAGCAUAAAACGCCCGGGCUAGGCAGCCGUAGGAGCGCACCUGUGCCCUACAUUACCGUACGAUACCGAGACCACAUAUCGCCGGAAGUUCCUGUACACGGCUGCCUCCCCGCGGCACUUGCCCGUUGAAUACGGGAGAGCUUGGCUUCGGAAGCGGUGGGAAUAUUGUGUGGUGGUGGCACCUACG